UCUUUAAAUUACAUGCAAAUCAAAGCAGAGAUUAAACCAAAGCCAACGAGACAGUUGCAGAGAGAGAGAGAGAGAGAGAGAGAGAACGUACGAUUUCUGGCUUCUAUAUACUAUAUUUUAUACAGAGGAGAAAGAGGGACAACUGGGAUGGAGGAUCUCCCACCAGGUUAUCGCUUCUACCCAACGGAGGAAGAGCUAAUUUUGUUCUAUCUGAAUAACAAGCUCGGGGGGAGUAGACAGGAUUUAGAACGUGUUAUUCCUGUGGUGGACAUCUACGAGCUUGAUCCAUGGCAGCUCCCAAAGAUUUCAGGAGCUUUGUGCAAUGGAGACCCAGAGCAAUGGUUUUUCUUCACUCCUAGACAAGAGAGAGAAGCCCGUGGAGGGAGGCCAAACAGAACAACGAAUUCUGGAUACUGGAAGGCUACAGGCUCUCCUGGGUACGUUUACUCAUCAAGUAAUCGAAUUAUUGGUGUGAAGAAAACCAUGGUUUUCUACAAUGGCAAAGCUCCUACUGGAGAAAAGACCAAAUGGAAGAUGAAUGAGUACAGAGCCAUUCAAGGAGAAGCUACCUCAUCUGGCAGUGCAUCUCCAUUGCUAAGGCAUGAAUUUAGUCUCUGUCGAGUAUACGUGAGGUCUGGACGCUUGAGAGCAUUCGACCGACGCCCUCCGGCUGCCACAACAAGUCUGGCGCCAAUACAACGAGGUAAUGUGGAGAGAAGAACAGCUGAUCAACAGAACCCUGCAACUGUGGACAAACCCAGCUCACCUGAGAGUUCAUUCUCAGGCGACCAAGCUCAUCCCUCUCGGCAGAAUCCUGCAAUUGUUGACAAACCCAGUUCAUCAUCUGAGAGCUCAUCCUCAGGAGGCGACCAAGCUCAUCCCUCUCAGCUUGGAGAAAGCAUCGACUGGGAGAUGACUGAAGAUUUCCACUCACUCUGGGAAUAUUGGGAGCAAUUGAAUUGGGUAUGACGAAAAAUAAGGCUCACCCCACCAAUUCAGUCGAGAAACAGAAUCCAACAAACAAAAACUAGGUUUCAAUACGACAGUAAAAUGUUCCCUAGCAGCUUACCUACCAAAAAUUCAAAUAAAAAAAAGAAAAUAAAUGGAAGAAGUAGAGAUGAAUGAAUACCAGUUUCUGAAUCAAGAAAUUUUUGUUACUGGGUAGAAACUAAUUUCAAGAAGCGUAAAUUCUUCUGUGGAGAAUGAUUUCUUUAUGACAAUUUUUCAAACGUGAAAAGGAUAUUAACUUCA